AUGGGCCGAGGCCGAGCACCGUGCUGUGCGAAGGUUGGGCUGAACAAAGGCUCGUGGUCGCUGGAGGAAGACAUGAGGCUGAUCGCUCACAUCCAGAAGCACGGCCACGGAAACUGGCGCGCUCUACCUAAACUUGCAGGUCUGCUUAGGUGCGGGAAAAGCUGCCGUUUGAGGUGGACUAAUUACCUCCGCCCCGACAUCAAGCGAGGGAACUUCACAAAGGAAGAAGAAGACACCAUAGUGAAGUUACAUAAGCUGUUAGGAAACAAGUGGUCCAAAAUCGCGUCAUGCCUGCCAGGAAGAACUGAUAACGAGAUAAAGAACGUGUGGAAUACACAUUUGAAGAAGCGAUUGGUAUUCACAGAGCAGAAACCGGCGGCGACGAACGAUCCUGAAGAGCCACCACCCACCUCUUCUUCCUCGAGCUCAAAUCAUGGCGGAAACAAAAGCCAUGAACACCAACACGAUCCAUGCUUGCACACUCGCGACUCCUCGGCGGAAGUGAUCGAGAUCCCCAUCGAUCCCACCAUGGACAUGUCGAGCAUCUUUGAUGAUGCACUCUCGAAUAUGACAUCGAGCAGUACUUCCACACAACUCUCCGAUGGCCUCGUUAUUCCUGAUGGAGAUCUUUGGAGCAUGAUCGAGGAUAACAGUGCAUGUAAAGAAGGCAAUACCGGUGCAUGGCUGGAGUACUUGGAGAGGGAACUUGAGCUUGAGCUUGGCUUGAGAGAAGUAGCUCCAAGCGACCAAGACAGCCUGACGACAGAUGGUGUGGGGAUGGAGGAAGACCCAGUGUCGUGUUACUUCCGAAAGGAGCCUCCUCUCCAUCCUCUGCAGACCUUCCUGGCCUCAGAAAUGAUUUGA